GGAUAGAAGGAAAAUCCCCAAAUUAAUGGUGGGGAUGGUGGCUUUUAAAAGUUCAUCGCAAAGGAGUUUCUCCAUAAAUAAAGGAAAAGUCCUGAUUUCCACUGAAUGAUAACGAGGCCAGUCUGACACCUCUCCCCUUGGCCUUGGCCAGAGACAUUGGACUGGCGCUUUAGGUGGAGAACUUGACAUGUUAAUGCGCCUCUUCGGGAAGUGUGUUCUUGAUAUGUUAAAGUAUGCACCGUCUCUUGCGAGAAACGUGCUCUGGUGAAUCCAAGACAUGGUGGGGAAAAUGCCCUUUAGUAUUUGAGAAAAAAAAAUGAUGACUUGGGGGACCCAGAAUACCCUAACUGCCUACUACCCAGUCUGACAGCAAGAUCCCAGGACUUUGUAUAAAACAUAAAGCAACCAAGGAAGGGAAGAUCUAUUCAACCUGGCCAUUUGAGACCUAAUCUGUUUCCGUGAAAACUGCGGGCAAGUGGAUUUCAGGCUAGGGGAGCCUGCAGUGACAUGGUCACAUCCACCGACUCCCAGCUGCCCUUGCAUUUCCCUCGGUCGGAUCCUUGCCCUCCGAGUGUUACUUCACUGCAGUGUUCAGCUCAGAAAGGCCUGGUCCCACUGGGGCCCUUCACUUCUGCUUUCUGGGCUGUUUUGCAUGUUGACGCUUUGAGGAAAAGGCCCACUUCCCUACUGACAGCCGGGUCUGCAGCAGCAAACACUCCUGCUUGCCCAGGCUUGUCUUCUGCUUUCUCUUCGUUUCAGCACUUCUCAUUUUUUUUUUUAAUUUAUUCAAGAGGCAGAGAGACUAGCAAAGAGAGCUCCUCUUCACUGCUUCACUCCCCAGAUGCACGUGACGGCCAGCGCUAGGCCAGUGUUGGAGCUAGGGAUCAAGAAUGCAAGUCAGGUCUCCCUCCACUUGAGCCAUUGCUACAGUCUCCCUACAGGAAGCUGGAGUCGGGAGCUGAAGCCAAGCAUUGAGCCCAGGUGGACCCCUGCAUGUAUCCUCUCAUCACCUAAGGGACCAGCACAGCCAUGGCCAGCAACACAUCUGACAACGCCAAUCACCUGCCCUUCUUCUUCGGAAACAUCACCCGGGAGGAGGCUGAGGACUACCUGGUCCAGGGAGGCAUGAGUGAUGGGCUCUACCUGCUGCGCCAGAGUCGCAAUUACCUGGGUGGCUUUGCCCUGUCAGUGGCCCACGGGAGGAAGGCACACCAUUACACCAUCGAGAGGGAGCUCAAUGGGACCUACGCCAUCACGGGUGGCAGAACGCACAGCAGCCCUGCCGAUCUCUGCCACUACCACUCCCAGGAGUCAGAUGGCCUGGUCUGCCUCCUUAAGACACCCUUCAACCGGCCUCCCGGGGUGGAGCCCAAGACAGGACCCUUCGAGGACUUGAAGGAAAACCUCAUUAGGGAAUACGUGAAGCAGACGUGGAACCUGCAGGGCCAGGCUCUGGAGCAAGCCAUCAUCAGUCAGAAGCCGCAACUGGAGAAGCUGAUCGCCACCACCGCACAUGAAAAGAUGCCCUGGUUCCACGGGAAAAUCUCUCGAGAUGAAUCUGAGCAAAUCGUCCUGAUUGGAUCCAAGACAAAUGGGAAAUUUCUGAUCAGGGCCAGAGACAACAAUGGGUCCUAUGCCCUGUGCCUGCUGCACGAAGGCAAGGUGCUGCACUACCGCAUCGACAAAGACAAGACUGGGAAGCUCUCCAUCCCAGAGGGGAAGAAGUUCGACACGCUUUGGCAGCUUGUGGAGCAUUAUUCCUACAAACCCGAUGGUUUGUUAAGGGUCCUUACGGUUCCAUGUCAGAAGAUCGGUUCACAGCAAGGAAACCUUGAUUUUGACCCUCGUCCACAACUUCCAAGCUCCCAUCCUGCGACGUGGUUGGCAGGUGGAAUAAUCUCCAGAAUCAGAUCCUACACCUUCCCAAAAUCUGGCCACAAAAAGGCACCCCCGUCCCAAGGAAACCGGCCUGAGAACAGCGUCUCAUUCAAUCCUUACGAGCCAGAACGAGGGCCCUGGGCAGCCGAAAGAGGGCCCCAGAGGGAAGCCAUGCCCAUGGACACGGAGGUGUAUGAGAGCCCCUACGCCGACCCUGAAGAGAUCAGGCCCAAAGAGGUCUACCUGGACCGGAAGCUGCUGACCCUGGAAGACAAAGAGCUGGGCUCUGGUAACUUCGGGACCGUGAAGAAGGGCUACUACCAGAUGAAGAAAGUGGUGAAGACAGUGGCUGUGAAAAUCCUGAAGAAUGAGGCCAACGACCCCGCCCUGAAAGACGAGCUGUUGGCGGAAGCCAACGUCAUGCAGCAGCUGGACAACCCCUACAUCGUGCGUAUGAUCGGGAUCUGCGAGGCUGAGUCCUGGAUGCUGGUGAUGGAGAUGGCGGAACUUGGCCCGCUCAAUAAGUAUCUGCAGCAGAACAGGCACGUCAAGGACAAGAACAUCAUAGAGUUGGUUCAUCAGGUCUCCAUGGGGAUGAAGUACUUGGAGGAGUGCAAUUUUGUGCACAGAGAUCUGGCUGCAAGAAACGUGCUGCUGGUCACCCAACAUUACGCCAAGAUCAGCGACUUUGGGCUUUCCAAGGCGCUCAGGGCCGAUGAAAACUACUACAAGGCACAGACGCACGGCAAGUGGCCCGUGAAAUGGUACGCCCCCGAGUGCAUCAACUACUACAAAUUCUCCAGCAAGAGUGACGUUUGGAGCUUCGGUGUGCUGAUGUGGGAAGCGUUUUCCUAUGGGCAGAAGCCAUAUCGGGGGAUGAAAGGGAGUGAAGUGACUGCCAUGUUGGAAAAAGGCGAGCGGAUGGGAUGCCCUCCCGGGUGCCCAAGGGAGAUGUACGAACUGAUGAACUUGUGCUGGACAUACGACGUGGAGAAAAGGCCCGGGUUUGUAGCAGUGGAACUGCGGCUGCGUAAUUACUACUACGACGUGGUGAACUAAGGGCUCCUCUGCCUGGCCGGGCUGCCCCGCUGGGAGACUCAACCCCAGGAACCUGAAUUCAACAGUUGCCCUGAUUUUCAGUGUUUAUCCGCCUUCUGCCGGUCAGGAGAGCUGGCUGGGUCCUGGAAGAAGGAAAGCGACAGGAUCCAUUGGACACGCUGGAUUCUUGGCUGUGUGCUUUUCCUGAUGUGUUCUUGCAGGAUUUGCUUCGGAAUUGCUUUUGUCUCUGCAGUUCUCCAGAGCCUAGUUGCAUUCUCUGCCUGCUGGGCCAGGGAAUGCAGAGUUCUGACAACAGCCCGGCAUUUUCAAAGCGGACGGGGACACAGGCGGCACGUGAGACAGAGGAGCACAAAGGCAGGAGGUGGAGCCGGUGCCUCUGGGACAUGCUCUGACGGGCCGGCAGGCUGGGCCUCCAGCAGCUUCCCCAGGGAGGGAACAGCUCCCGAGGCUUUAAAACCCAACAGGACCACGAGGAUGGCGCCAGUGCCCUCGUGGGGGCCCCCGCCUCGGGACCUCAUCUCACCCAAACCACUUCCUCACGGCGGCAGCAUCCACAAACAGUCCACCUAGGAAUUCGGGGUUGAGUCUCCAACCUGUGGACUUCUGGGACACAUUGAAACCCCGGCAACAGGCAGACGAUGCAAAGGCCGAUGCCAUCCAAUGAGGAAUCCCUUCAGAAGCAGUGACUCAUAAUCAAGCCAAAGACCUUGGCCCUUGCCAUGGAGAGGCCUCGAGUGUGGCUGUGAGUUGGAACGCCAAGACCCCACAAAGUCCCUUUCUGUCCUCCUAGACUUUGCAGAUCCUCGACUCAGUGUUUGAUUCUGCAUGAGUAGGAUGUUGCUGAAGGCCAUGAACGUGUGGAAGCGUUGCCAGCUGUGUGCCAGCUGUGAUGCUACGAACAUGCCCAAGUUGAGGUGCACCUGAGACCUUUGAAAACGGGAGAACUUCCUCGGACAGCCGGCAUGGGGCGCCUUACUCCUAACAGAGGGACUUGAAGCAGAGAGACAAGUGACCAUCCUUCCCCAGCUUAGCCCAGAGAAGAUAUGAGCCACUGGCAGGAAUUAAGAAGCUUCUAGAAGUUUCUAGAAGCCUUCCGUACCUUUUGGUAUGGACACGCUGCCUGGCAGUUUGAUCAUUUGCACCCAGGGAGGACCCCUGAAUGCUAAGUGCGCUGAACACACUUGGGGCCCCUGGGGAUGAGAUCCCUGUGGGCCAGCCCUCGGUCACUGUAGGCGCAUAAGAGCAAGGGCCUGGAGCUGCUGGGUUUGAAAAGAAGUGAAUGAUGCUGAGCUCUUGGGGGGGGGGGGGUCUGCCUUUGUUCUCCAGAGGGUGUCUUUCCUAACGGUCACUCACUCAGAGAACUAUGAGGGGGCUUCAGACUGUCCUUGGAAGAUGAGUAUGAUGAACAAGGCCAAGGCAUGAAUUCCAAUGUUUGCGCACCAAAAAUAAACGUAUUUUUAAAUUC